AUGGGGAGCCAAAGAGAGUUUCAUCUGCAACAAAGAAAGGGACGAAGAGUUAUACUCUUUCCCUUGCCUUUACAAGGCCACAUCAAUCCUAUGCUUCAGCUUGCAAGCAUUCUCUAUAACAAAGGCUUUUCUAUAUCUAUAAUUCAUACAAACUUCAACUCUCUAAACUCUUCUAACUACCCUCACUUUUCUUUCCAUUCAAUCCCCGAUGGCUUGUCGCAAAGUGAAGCCUCCUUUGCGGAUAUAGUAUCUCUUCUUUCACUCCUCAAUGUUAAGUGUGCGGCGCCAUUUCAGGAUUGUUUGGCUAAGUUGCUGUCAAAUAUUGUUGAGGGGGAAAGUAUUGCUUGCUUAAUCACGGAUGCCGGCUGGUACUUCACCCAAGCUGUUGCUCAAAGCCUUAAGAUCCCAAGACUAGUGUUACGGACAAAUAGCGUCUCUUUCUUUCUUGUUUUUGCUGCCUUUCCACUUCUACGGGAAAAGGGUUAUAUGCCCGCAGAAGGUUGUGAACCGGAUGCACCAGUGCCAGAGCUCCCACCCCUAAGAGUCAAAGAUAUUCCAGUGUUCGAAACACGUAUUCCCGAGACUCUUCACCAAGUGGUAUUAGGCAUGACUAAUCAGACCAAGGUCUCUUCAGGAUGCAUAUGGAACUCUUUUCAGGACCUUGAACAAAUUUCUCUGGCAACAUUACACAAGGAAUUUCCAAUCCCAAUGUUCCCAGUAGGUCCAUUGCACAAGUACUUUCCUGCUUCCUCAAGCAGCUUGCUAUCACAGGACCAAAGCUCCAUUCCCUGGUUAGACAAGCAACCGCCUAAAUCCGUAAUUUACGUGAGCUUUGGAAGCAUUGCUGCUAUUAACGAGACUGAACUGUUGGAGAUAGCCUGGGGAUUAGCCAAUUGCAGGUUGCCCUUCUUGUGGGUGGUUCGACCAGGAUUAGUCCGCGGAGCUGAAUGGAUUGAACCAUUGCCAAAAGGGUUCCUAGAAAUGCUAGAUGGAAGGGGGCAUAUUGUGAAAUGGGCUCCCCAACAAGAAGUUCUAGCUCAUCCUGCGACAGGAGUUUUUUGGACGCAUAAUGGCUGGAACUCCACAUUGGAGAGCAUAUGUGAAGGUGUCCCCAUGAUUUGCCAACCUUGUUUUGGUGACCAAAUGGUGAAUGCAAGAUAUGUUAGUCACGUUUGGAAAGUUGGGUUGCACCUGGAGAGGAAGCUGGAGAGAGGGGAGAUAGAAAAGGCAAUUAGAAGAGUAAUGCUGGAAGCAGAGGGCCAGGAAAUGAGAGAAAGAAUAGUGUAUUUGAAGGAGAAAGUUGAUCUUUGUCUAAAGCAAGGAGGGUCUUCAUAUCAAUCUCUAGAAAACUUGAUCAAUUAUAUAUUGUCAUUCUAGG